CAUGGCUUCUAUUUUAGCGUGGAAGCAAGUGGGAAGUGUGCUACGAAACUUCCUUGCUUUGGAAGAGCGGAUGUUGUACAAUCUUCGAAUUAUCUACGCAAGGCAGUACUUACCAGGUUAUGCUUUGUCGGGGAACGUUGUUUCGUCCAUCGAAUCGACUGAAUGCUUACAAACAGAAAGACACACCGAUGAUGGAUAUUUAUUAAUGGCAGUUCCUAAGAAGAGGACCACGGUACACAAACGGAAAUUGAGAAAUCGGCACAAGCAGCUUAAGAACAGAACGGACAUCGAGAUCUGUGCAGUAUGCGGUAACUACAAGGUAGAGGGUCAGUUGUGCGGUUACUGUGUGGAAAGAAUAAAGAAGGAAACGAAAGAGUUUCGAAAGGAGAAAAACGAAGAUUCGAUUCAAUGGCCAGUACCGGAGUUUUUGAAAAAGUUCAGAACAUAGUGAGUUGUGGAACUAAUACCAUUAAGGCCUCUGUUAUUUUUUACCUAAAAGCGAUACUUGCAACGAGAGGGCUUUGGUUUGAGUGCAAAGUUGUGGUCCCCAUUCAAUGAAUUUUGCCAUCAAGCUCAAUUCCCAUAUUUUUCAUGGCUGCUUUGUUCAGCAAGACCUUGAAACAUGAUGACCUUGUACUGAUAAGAAACAUUUUGUUAUCUGUUGUUUGGAAUU